GUACCUAAAUUUGAGGUGUUAUGACUGUUACCCUUGUCUUCUAUGAGUGAAUAGUCAACUCGGCUCCGCCUUGUUCACUAUUCGCUUAGAAAACUAGGAAAUCGUUUCCUAGCUGUCCUUUAUAAUUUAUAGUGAACAUGUAUGUUCUUUCUGUGCUCCUAGUUCACUGCGUGGACAAAGUUGGAACAGAGGUGUGUCACUGGAGAAUUAGCAAUGGUCAUCAGUGCAGGGCUCCUUACAUGCAACAGGACUGCGCAGCCUCGUGCGGAGUUUGCGGUGGUCCAUCUGCGCCCGCAACGAAGCCCUCUCUUCUCGUUACAACAUCAAAGCCUCAAGUGGUUCAAACUACAGUUCCGCACGCUCACUAUGUCAAGCCACCGGGAACCAAACUUACAACACCAGGGAAAUCCUCUAGAGUGACGAUUUCCUCUAAAGCCACUUCUACCAAACAGGCUGUUGCUGCAUCUGUUGUGUUAUCCAACAAAACUACAGACGUCAUGUCGAGUAUUGGCUCCGUCACGCCUUCUAACGUGACUACUACCGAGUCACCACGUGUUAUCACUAACAAACCGUCGAGGCCAGCCACGCAAUCUCUAAAUCCCUUGAACAUGACUCUGGACCAGUUACAAGAAGUCGAAAAAUAUGUUUCUUUGUCAGAAACACCCAUUGGAGAUGUGCUGGAAACAUAUUGUAGGGAUGAAAAUCCCAAAUGCAGUUUGUGGUCCGCCAUGGGAAAAUGCAAGAAGAAGUCAAAGUGGAUGAAGAAGCACUGUUGUGCAACCUGCAAGCACGUUAUUGACGAGUCUAUUGGCGCAGAAUGUAAAGACAGUACCCCCAAGUGUCCGUUCUGGGCUUUGGCUGGAGAGUGUGCACGAGAUCGAGUUUGGAUGCUGGGGAACUGUAGGAAGAGCUGUAAUCAGUGCGGAGUUUGCAAGGAUGAUGGCCCAAAAUGCGCCGAUUUAGCGUUAGCAAGACAGUGCCUUGAAGGCGACAGACGGUACUGGAUUUUAACAAACUGUCCACGGAGCUGUGGCUUGUGUCAAGUGUAUGACAAACACGACUUUUGUCCGGCUUGGGAAACCAAGGACGAGUGCAGGAAAUCUAAUUGGGCAUGGAUGAGAGACAACUGUCCAAUGAGCUGCCGCAUACCGCUUUCUGAAGUGCAGUUCUGCGGCAAGAUGAAGGAUGGCAAGUACCCCAUCCCCCGGAUAUGCACAGGUUUUGUAUCCUGUUCCGGGGGAGUUACUCGACACGAAAUGUGCCCUAACGGAACGCUGUUUCAUCCAAUCAAGAGAAUCUGUGACUUAGCACAUAACGUCAAGUGUUCGCAUGAAAAGGACUUAACACUAAAAAGAAACCAUGUGGCACGGUGACUUAGAGGCCCUUUUUCCGUCGCCUGCGUAACCGCUUGUGAUGUCGAAGGAGGCGCAAAUUCUUUUGCUCAAGCCGGUCCUCUCCGUACCUUCUGGGACACGAGUGCGGUCAAUAAAUUUUCCGCCUUGGGUGUCGGUCAUGACAAGAGCCCCAGAAAUAGAACAAGACUUGGACAGAAAGAUGCAUAGGAUAACAGUCACUUGUAUGUCACGUGAGUGCCCUUUUUAUACUUUCUAAGUAGUGUGAUUACUAGCCACAAAAACUGUUUCGUCUCCCGUUAGUAAACUGAGAAUAAAAAAAAAUGCAAUAUUUAGAGAGGAAGCCACAUCAGCCUUAGCU